AACCGUUAGCGCAGUUGCAAUUGAGUUGUUGACCGUGUCGGACUUACAAAUCGAAUAGUCUCUCGUCUGUAAUACAAAUAUAAGAAAAGUAUUUCAGCUGAAAAAAAAGUCAAAAAGCUGCAAGGAAUAUUAAUUAGGCAACGGGCUGGUUAACCCUUAAGAAACUACUCCAUAGAAGUAAUAGCAUCACAACGGUGACAGCGACAAUUACAGCAGCGAGCAACAAAGGGCGCAGAUAGUUAAUUUUUAAAUUUUCACCUUUAACCAACUAACAAAAACAACACAACAGCAAUGGCUGACCAACUUACAGAAGAACAAAUCGCUGAAUUCAAAGAGGCAUUCUCGCUCUUCGAUAAAGAUGGUGAUGGCACCAUCACGACAAAAGAAUUGGGCACAGUGAUGCGAUCACUGGGACAAAAUCCAACAGAAGCCGAACUGCAAGACAUGAUAAAUGAAGUCGAUGCUGACGGUAAUGGCACCAUUGACUUCCCCGAGUUCUUGACAAUGAUGGCACGUAAAAUGAAGGAUACCGAUAGUGAAGAGGAGAUCCGAGAAGCCUUUAGAGUAUUCGACAAGGACGGCAAUGGCUUCAUUUCAGCGGCUGAAUUGCGUCACGUCAUGACAAACUUGGGUGAAAAGUUAACAGACGAAGAAGUGGAUGAAAUGAUCCGGGAGGCUGAUAUCGAUGGUGACGGUCAGGUCAAUUAUGAAGAAUUCGUGACUAUGAUGACAUCGAAGUGAGCAGAUAAAUUACUUGUUUUUAAGCCUUUCUAUGUUUUUAAGAUGUUGACGAAGACUGUAGCUGGGCGCAACAACACCGCGCGACGCUGUUGCUAUGGAAACCAUGAAAAAGAAAUAUAAAAAAAAUAUAUAAAUCUUGAGCAAAAGGGAGAAUUAAAUAUAUAAAUAAAUAUUAAAACAAAAAAGAAGAAGAAGAAAAAAACAGAAUACAUUAUAAUAAAUUACACUUUAAUAUUUAAAAUAAAGAUAAAAAAUAAAACUUACAACUCAAUGUAAUAAUGAUGAUAAAGACAUACUAUACACACACACACACACAUCCAUAACAUUUAACCAUUUAUUCACAUUCUCUUACACAACAACAAAAACAACAACAAUCACAUGCAAACAUGCUAAAGCUCUGGCAAAAGCAACAGUACAUUUCCUAUAUAUUAACAAGCAUUACGAACACAUAACACCAACAGCAACAAAAACAACAACAACAAAACAAAAAACAACAACUUAGUACUUACCAUACAUAUAUUAGCUAUAUUUAUUGUGUGCAUCAAGCGCAAGGUCCAUUUGUAACAAAUGGGUCCUCCUCUUAAUAUGCGCGUAGAGCAAUGCCGCAAUCGUGUACUAAUUGAUGAACUUGUGUUUAGAAGAAAUUCAAAUAAAAAGAAUAAAGAAAUAAAUAAAAAUUUGAAUGAAAAAAUAAACAACUUUUUGCUGAUGUUUACUCUACACACACACACACACACCCACACAUACACACAUAUUAUGAAAUAUUUAAUUAGUCAAAUAAUGGCAAGCAUAACAACUAGCUGUGAAAACACACACACACACCCUCACACAUUGAGUGAUUGUAAAGCGUGUAAAUCGAAUGGAAAGCGAUUUAACUUGCAUACAUACAGACAUUUAUGGCGAAAACGAAAGGUAAUAAGUAAGUUAGAAAGCGUAUGUAAGCAACAAAUGCAACAAAGCGACAGUUACGUACAUAUUUAAAUUACAAAAACAAAAAAAUACAACAAAACCACUGACAUUCGCUAUGCAUGAUUAGAGUAAUAACUGUAAAAUCGAUCAAUCAACCGCAACAAUGACAGGCAGAACAACAAAAACAAAACAAUUUACAACAACAAACUGACAAACAAAACAAUAACAAACACACGCACACACACCUGAACAAAAGAGUCUUAUUAAAUUGUAUUAAAACAGUUAAUUGAAAGCGAGAAGUAACGGAAAGCCAAUAAAAAACGCAAAAAUGCAAUGCAUGCAGGAAAUAAAAAAACAAAAACAAAAAAAAAAUAAAACAAAUAGGCAGUGCAGUACAGUUUUGCGUUGUAUUCGUGGCAGAAAGCGGACUGGAGAGGACAGGACAGCUUAGGUGACAUUAAAGUAUGUGAGCGCAGAGCAGAUACUAGGAAUAAAUAUAGGCAAACAAUGUGAGCAAAACUAACAACAACAGUAAUUACAAAAAACAAAAGCAUACCAACUUUCCAACUGCAUAAAGCGUAAACAACAACAGCAAAAAAAGUAUAAAAAUUAAAAAAAAAAAUACAUGGCAAACAGAAAAGCGGCAAAGCAGAAAUAG